AUGGCAGUGGAAGUGGUGCCAGGCCUGUACAUAGGCAGCAUCGAGGCGCUGGACAGGGAGGUGCUCAGGGAGAGGAGGAUCACGCACGUGCUGACGGUCAUGAAUUGUUUGGUGGACAAGCUGCACGGCGAGAUCACCCACAAGCACAUCUACGUUCCUGACGACUUCACGGGGAACCUGCUCAUCCACCUGCCCACCUGCGUGGAGUUCAUCGGAGAUGCGUUGACCAUUGGUGGCCACGUGCUUGUGCACUGCUAUGCUGGCAUUUCCAGGAGCUCGACGGUCGUCACUGCCUAUGUCAUGGCCACAGACUCUCUUUCCAGGUCGGCAGCCCUCAAAAAGGUGCGAAAGAGAUAUCCCAUCGCCUGUCCCAACCCGUCCUUCGUGCAACAGCUGCGCCUGUUCCACGCCAUGGGCUACCGGAUCGACCCCUACAACAGCGACUACAAGAUGUUCAAGCUGAGGCAGAAGAACAACCAGUACAAGUUCGGGUCGGCCAUCCUCAGCGAGAUGCAGUUUGCGGUGUUGCCAAGGGACGAGGAGGAUGGCCCCCAUGCUCUGGUGGGGGACAAUCUGUACCGGUGUCGGCCUUGCGGCUGCCUCUUGGCAACAUCCCUGCACAUCCUGUCCUGCACAAAGGAAGAUGAGGCCGCCCUCUUCCAGGAGCCCUGCGAGGACACGUCACUGUUUGUCGAGCCCGUGAGGUGGAUGGAAGGGGUUUCAGGCAGCGUGGAUGGGAAACUGCACUGCCCACAGUGUGGCACCAGCCUGGGAUCGUUCAGUUGGGCAGGCAUGCAAGACGACAAGGGGACCUGGUACGUGCCUGCAUUCAAGCUCCGCGUCAGGAGUCUGGACAUCGUGCAGCCUACCGUGCCGCCUUGGCUGAGGAGCCCGAGGCUCGGGGCGCCGGGGAUGGGCAGCCCGAAAAUCGGCGACCAGGUGCCAUCGCCCGUGCCGCAACAGCGAGGGACGGAUGCCACGCGGCCCCCUGCAGCCACAGGGGCUGCCGGCCCGGCCGGCAGGCGCUUCGACUGCCUCGUUCUGGACUGCGAAGGUGUGAUGGUGGACAGCGCCAAGGCCGCCUGCAUUGCCCUCAGCCUGAGCAUCCUGUCGGUGACGGGCUUUGACGCACCGCACGAGUACCCGCAGGACUACCUGGACGUCUGGGGCAUGGAUCUGCGGGAUUGCGUGCAGCACUACAAGGACAAAUUUGACAGGACGGCGUGGAACGUCGACGACGUCGCGAGGCGGGCCGUGGCCGAGAUGGGCCCCAUCUACCGGGAGCUAACUUCCGAUGGCAUCGAAGCCCUCCCGGGCGUCGUCGAUCUGGUGGAGGCGGCCAAGCGGGGCGGGGUGCCCGUGGGGGUUGGGUCGUCCUGCGCCCCGGAGUGCGUCAUGCACGGCCUGAAGGCUGCGGGGCUGGAGGGGCUGAUACACGGAUGCGCGGUCGUCAGCGGUCAACAGGUUGCUCGGGGAAAACCGGCUCCGGACAUGUUCGUGGAGGCCCUCACGCGCCUGGGCUGCAGCGACCCCUCCAGGGCCAUGGUCGUCGAGGGCGCCAUCCACGGCCUGCGCGCCGCAAAGGCCGCAGGCGCCCUCGCUGUGGGCGUCAGCACGUCGCUGCCCAGGGACGUCCUGGAGCCCCACGCGGACAUUGUUGUCGACAGCCUCGAGGAGCUGGUCCAGUUCUUUUAG